AUGCCGGCCUCCGAUCUCGCCCAGGGCUCGAACGGCCACACUAAUGUUACUAAUGGGGACAGAGAACCUGAGAUUAUUGGAUAUGCAGAACCUUGGAUUGUAGCACCUGGUGACACGGUUGACAUCAAGGUGUCAUGUACCGAGCCGGAAUAUGAGCACCAGACGUUCCGCCUGAUACAAGGCGUCACACUCGAGCAUGCGCCGUCAAAGCAGGAAGAACAAGUGACUGAGAUCCCUCCGGGACGCAGAGAUGGCCGUUACCAGACAGCUCGACCAGGGUCGUAUGUUAUGGUGCCAGAAUGGGGAGCGCCAUGGGCCACGACAAAGGUCAUCCAAGUGUCAUUCUGGGUUCAGCCGUGGUUGAAUAAAUGCGGACAUAAGCAGGCUCUCGUCUCAAACCUGAAUCAGAAUACCUACACCGGCUUCGCCGUUGUCAUAGACAAGGAGGGUCUGCUCAACGUCCGUCUGGGUACUGGCAAACAGAUCAGCACUUUAUCCACGGGAAUUACGCUGCAGCAGAAGGUAUGGACCGAACUGCAGGUGAGACUUGAAGGUCAGAGAGUUCAGGUCGACGCGCUUCCUGUAGGUUUCCGGAAUGAACCACUUUUGCCGGCCGCCACUUUCAGUCACACUAUCGAAGCGGACGGCCAACUGGUCAUGAACCCUGGCCCUUUGCUGAUUGCUGCAACGCCCACGCACAAUUCCUAUGCAGGACAGCAAGGAUCGCAGCAAGACGCCACCGACUUCUUCAACGGCCGUAUAGGUGGCUUCGCAAUCCGAGCAGGAGCACUCCACGCAGACACUCUGCUCGUCAAGUAUGAUUUCUCGCUGAACAUGUCUGACGAUGUAGCCGCGGACAUAUCUGGUCACGGGCAUAAUGGAAUACUUAUCAAUGCACCAACUCGCGCCGUCACAGGACACGACUGGGACGGAUCCGAGCCCGACUGGACCCGCGCGAAGACCGGCUAUGGAGCGAUACACUUCCACGAGGACGACAUGGACGACGCCAAGUGGGCAACCGAUUUCAGCAUCACAAUCCCUCCAAACGCUCGGUCAGGCGCAUAUGCCCUAAAGGUCGAGACGACUAACGGACGUGAUUCAGACUACAUCACCUUCUUCGUGACUCGACCUCAAGCGCCACAUCGAACAUCAGAGGACAGAUCCAAGCAAGUCUGCUUCAUCUUCUCGACACUAACCUACCUAGCCUACGCCAACGAGCGUCUCUACGACACCACAAGACCCAACACCGCCACCAUCGGCCCCAGCUUCGACAUCAACAAGGCCCUCAAAUCCCCCGAAUUCUACAAAAUGCAACGCCGCCUCGACCUCGGCCUAUCCUGCUACGACCGCCACAUCGACGGCUCCGGCGUCUGCUACUCCUCCUACAAACGCCCCAUCCUAAACGUCCGCCCAGGCUACAUCAUGUGGGGCUUCUCCCGACCUCGCGAGUUCUCAGCCGAUCUGAUGAUGCUCGGCUACCUCGAGCACCUCAACAUCCCUUAUGAGAUCCUCACCGACCACGACCUCCACCACCACGGGGUCAGCGCGAUCAGCGGCUUCAAUACCGUCAUCACCGGCUCGCAUCCGGAAUACCCGAGCUUCGCAUCCAUGGCGGCCUAUGACGCCUUCGCUCGCCAGGGCGGCAACCUUAUGUACCUCGGCGGGAACGGUUUCUACUGGCUCAGCGCUCUCGGUGGUCCCACCAACGCACACCGCUUCGAGGUCCGCCGCGGCGACGUCGGCGUAAGACCGUACACUCUCCCCGGCGGCGAGCGCGUCAAUAGUCUCGACGGCCGACAAGGCGGUCUCUGGCGAUCGCGCGGCAAGAGCUGCAAUACACUCUUCGGCGUGGGGUUCUGCGGCGAGGGCACGGGCCCAGGCGUGCCUUACAGGCGGACCAAAGCCUCUCGAAGCCCGGAGUUUGCAUGGAUGUUCGAAGGCAUCACAGACGACAUCAUCGGCGUGCACGGCUUCGGCGGCGGCGCGUCGGGUGACGAGAUCGAUCGGUAUGAUGUCGAGAAUGGCAGUCCUGCAUCUGCAACGGUGUUGGCGACCAGCACGGGCCACAGUGAUGAGUUUGGGAUCGCGAUCGAGGACUUGGGGUUUCCCGCGAUCAAGACGUUGGGGACACAGACGGAUCUAAUACGGAGCGAUGUUGUGUACUAUGUGGGGAGGGGAGGAGGAGGGGUGUUUAGUGUAGGGAGUAUCAACUGGUUUUGCUCGUUGGGGUGGGAUGGGUAUCAGACUGAGGUGGCGAGGUUGACGGGGAAUGUUGUGAGGGGGUUUUUGGAAGGGAAGAGGUGA